UCGUUUUCCAAUUGCCAAAUUCGAGUACAAAAUAGUUUCUAACCUAAUUCAGUUUUAUUUGCGAGUUGUGUGCGGAGUUUAAACUUAAGCUCAAGCUUUCCGUAGUUCUGUACUCCACAUUAGUGCUUACCGUCGUUGAAACCGAACGUAGCUAGCAUCAAAUUUACAAUGGCUGAUGUAAUAAAACACAAAUGCGAAACAACGAACUGCUCCAACCCGGCAACUCUUCAGUGUCCAACUUGCCUAAAGCUGGGAAUCCAAGGGUCCUAUUUCUGCUCGCAGGACUGCUUCAAAGGAUUCUGGAAGAGCCAUAAGGCCAUUCACAUGCUGGCCCAGGGGCAAGGGCCUGAAAACAACGUGAAAUCCGGCGCCUACAACCCUUGGCCUUUCUACACUUUCACUGGGCAACUGAGACCGUGGCCACAGACUCCUAAGAGGCCGGUCCCUGAGGCUAUUGAACGUCCGGACUAUGCAGACCAUCCGGCGGGCAGGUCAUUGUCCGAGGAGAAAAUGCGAGGAAACACCACAAUCAAAGUGCUGGACGAUGAGGAGAUUGAAGCCAUGCGGGUGGCCUGCAAAUUGGGGCGUGAGUGCCUGGACGAAGGCGGCAAAGCCGUGGAAGUGGGAACAACCACCGACGAGAUCGACAGAAUCGUGCAUGAGGCGGCCAUAGAGCGGGAUUGCUACCCAUCACCGCUAAACUACUACAACUUCCCCAAAUCUUGUUGUACGUCAGUGAAUGAAGUUAUCUGUCACGGCAUCCCGGACGCCAGACCUCUUCAAGACGGGGACAUAUGCAAUAUUGAUGUCACUGUCUAUCACCAUGGUUUCCACGGCGAUUUGAACGAGACGUUUUUCGUAGGCAACGUUUCAGAGAAGCACAAGAACCUGGUGAAAGUCACCUACGAAUCAUUGAUGAAAGCAAUCGAAAUCGUUCGACCUGGAGUAAAGUACAGGGACAUCGGGAAUGUGAUCCAGAAGCACGUCCAACCAUUUGGCUACAGCGUAGUAAAGAGCUACUGCGGCCACGGCAUCCACCGCCUUUUCCACACAGCUCCCAAUGUGCCUCACUAUGCGAAAAAUUCAGCUGUCGGCGUGAUGAAGGCCGGCCACUGCUUCACUAUUGAACCAAUGAUAUCGGAAGGCACUUGGCGGAACGAACAGUGGCCCGACGAUUGGACUGCAGUCACCAAAGACGGACAGUGGUCAGCACAAUUCGAACAAACACUGCUUGUAACCGAGACUGGCUGUGAUAUUUUGACAAAACGGUUGGAGCGCAACGGCCAACCCCACUUUAUGGACAAAAUGUAAACCAAUUAGCGAAUUAGUGGAGUUAGGAACAACAAUGCAAACGUAUGAUAAACCCUUUUUGUAAUACGUACUACACAUGCUGGAAUGUAUUUAGUGCACGUAGAUCGUAGGAGCUAAGGAACCUGAGCGAGCGCCAUUUCGGGAAUGCUGAAUUGUUUUUUUAAUGCAAAAGUUGAUCCUGGGUAUGUUGAAUUUUCCCACAAAUACCUGACGUUUUAUGCCCCAAGAAUAAAAUCACAAAAGUGACAAUAAAACGUGUAUUUUCCUCACU